AUAUGACUUUCGUCGCAAUCACGCAUCAAUCUAUUGAUUCGUGUCUCGGUCUUGAUUCUCGCUCGACAUAGUUUUUGUGUGUAUUACAAAUGGCGAGCCAGACACAGGGAAUCCAGCAACUGCUGGCUGCUGAAAAGCGUGCGGCCGAAAAAGUCUCCGAGGCGAGAAAGCGAAAAGCGAAACGCCUAAAGCAGGCCAAGGAGGAGGCUCAGGAUGAGGUGGAGAAGUACAGACAGGAACGCGAGAGGCAGUUCAAGGAAUUCGAAGCCAAGCACAUGGGCACACGGGAGGGCGUCGCAGCUAAGAUCGAUGCCGAGACCAAGGUGAAGAUCGAGGAGAUGAACAAGAUGGUACAGGCACAGCAGGAGGCGGUGAUCAAAGACAUCCUCAGCUUGGUAUACGACAUCAAACCUGAGCUCCACGUCAACUACCGCUUAGAAUAAGCGAAUAUUAUUAAAUAAAAAAUCUGCUGCAAUACUGCGGUACACAAAUAUAGUCUUUAAUGUUAUGAUAAUUCAGUUUUUAAUCGAUAGGCACUAACGCGGCAGUGACGUAUUGGUUGAGCGUGACAUCUGUCAUUCUGACAUGGGAAUGCGCGCGAAAACAAGAUGGCUACCAGUUCCGCUGUACAUAAUACAAAUUAGCUUGGCUUUGUCUAAUAAUCAUUGUUGAAAAUGUAAUUUUUAUUAAGUGUGUAUCGGAAAUCAGCUCGAUAUCAUUCCAUUCGAAGUAAAUUGAAGAUCCGCUAAAGAACGCAUUAUAUUUAUAAAUAAAAUAUAUCUACUCAUAAAAUUGUAUGUUAUUCAAUGUUGUAUGUUGAAUAGAAAUUAAAGUUUUAAAACAUAAA